GUCGGUUCUGAGGAAAUUAUUAAAAUAAUGCAAAAAUAUGAAAAACUAGAGAAGAUUGGAGAAGGAACCUAUGGAACAGUAUUCAAGGCCAAGAACAGAGAAACACAUGAGGUUGUUGCAUUGAAGAGAGUUCGUCUAGAUGAUGAUGAUGAGGGUGUUCCAAGUUCUGCUUUGAGAGAGAUUUGCUUGUUGAAAGAACUGAAACACAAGAAUAUAGUAAGGUUACAUGAUGUCCUCCACAGUGAGAAGAAACUGACCCUGGUGUUUGAGUACUGUGACCAGGAUCUAAAGAAGUACUUUGACAGUUGUAAUGGAGAAAUAGAUCAGGACAUUGUGAAGUCCUUCAUGUACCAGCUGUUAAGGGGACUGGCAUUCUGUCACAGUAACAAUGUACUACACAGGGAUCUGAAACCUCAGAAUCUCCUGAUAAACAAGAAUGGUGAAUUGAAAUUAGCUGAUUUUGGUCUGGCUCGAGCGUUUGGAAUACCAGUCCGGUUUUAUUCAGCAGAGGUGGUGACUCUGUGGUACAGACCUCCUGAUGUUCUGUUUGGGGCCAAGAUGUAUUCCACCUCCAUAGACAUGUGGUCUGCUGGCUGUAUAUUUGCAGAAAUGACCAAUGCAGGUAGACCACUUUUCCCGGGCAAUGAUGUAGAAGAUCAACUAAAAAGAAUUUUCAAAUUGCUUGGAACACCCACAGAGGAGUCCUGGCCUGGUAUUAGUCAGCUCCCAGAAUACAAGCCAUUCCCUAUGUAUCAUGUCAGUACAACAUGGAUGCAAGUUGUCCCCAAGUUAAAUCCAAAGGGACGUGACCUUCUACAGCGCCUCUUGAUCUGUAAUCCAGCAGGACGUCUGUCGGCCGAGGAAGGCAUGCUCCACCAGUACUUUAGUGACCUUGACCCCUCAGUUAAACUUGCCACAGAUAACUCAGCACUCAUUGUUCAAGGGAGAUAACCCAUCAGUUAUUUAUUUACAGUGUAAGAGACAACAAAUUCUAGUCAAGAUCUGAGCAUAUGAUCUCAUUUUCUGAGGAAUGUACAAUGUUACUGGCAUGUUGAAGUGAUCAGUUCCUAGUUGAAUUUUAAAAAUUCCAAAGAAUAAUCAUCUAAGAGGUCAUCAAAGUCCAUGUGUAAUUUUGAGUUUGUAGCAAGAUGUGAUUUAUAAAUUCAUGGUCAUUAUACAGCAAUACAUAUCAAUUAUCCAGUCUGUAUUGGAACCAUUUUGCAUUCUUAGCAAGGUGGAAUCCAGUUUCA